UGUGGUCACUGCAUGUAGGAAAACAUGGGUUUUCUGCUAACCUCGCAACGGCAAAGCGUGACAAUUACGUUUGGAAUUUAAGGUUUGCCAGUGGAGUAAUGAUUCAUAGACAGGUGAUACUAUCCCAGAACUUAUACCAGAACCGGUUUCUUGGGCUGGCAGCAAUGGCCUCUCCCGCCCGGAACCCGCAGACCCGCCGGCGCUGCAAGGACGCCAUGCGCCACAGCUACAACCCGGAGCAGUUCCAGAACCUGGAGCUGCAGAACGGCGGCCUGGAGCCGGCGCUGGCCCGCUCCACCAGCGACACCGACCUGGUGACUUCGCACAGCCGCUCCACGCUGGCGGUCAGCAGCUCCCUCUACACCAUCGGGCAGCCCGAGGACAUUCUGCUCUCCUGGGACAUCAAGGAGGACGUGGACGCCGGGGACUGGAUCGGCAUGUACCUUGUGGAUGAAGUUCUUUCCGAGAACUUUCUGGACUACAAGAACCGCGGGGUCAACGGUUCCCACAAGGGCCAGAUCGUGUGGAAGAUUGAGGCCAGCUCGUACUUUGUGGAGCCGGAAACCAAGGUCUGCUUCAAGUACUACCAUGGUGUGAGCGGAGCCCUGCGGGCCACCACCCCUAGUGUGACAGUGAGGAACCCCUCAGCUCCUGUCUUUAAGCCUGUUGUCAGUGAGGAAGCCCUACAGACCCAGGGUAGCCGGAGACUCAUCAGCUUCUCUCUGUCAGAUUUCCAGGCUGUGGGCCUGAAGAAGGGCAUGUUCUUUAACCCCGACCCGUACCUGAAGAUCGCCAUCCACCCCGGCAAGCACAGCAUCUUCCCUUCCCUGCCCCACCACGGCCAGGAGAAGAGGUCCGGCAUCGUAUGCAACACCGUCAACCCGGUGUGGCAGAGAGAGCGCUUCAACUUUGUGUCCCUGCCCACUGACGUGCUGGAGAUCGAGGUGAAGGAUAAGUUUGCCAAGAGCCGGCCAAUCAUCAAGCGCUUCCUGGGCAAGCUGUCCAUGCCGGUGCAGAGGCUGCUGGAGAAGCACGCCAUUGGGGACCGUGUGGUCAGUUACUCGCUAGGCCGCAGGCUGCCGACGGAACACGUGAGCGGGCAGCUGCAGUUCCGAUUCGAGAUCACAUCCUCCAUCCACCCCGACGACGAGGACGCCUCGCUCAGCACGCAGGGCGCGGCCGCAGGGCCAGCGUGUGAGAGCGCAGCGGAGGACGCAGACAGCAUUGCGGGCGAGGCCCCGGAGCUGCCCGUGGAUGAGGUCGAAGCCCUGGAGCCGUCCAUCAAUUUGCCCGAGUCCCUGGAGCAGCCGGCAAACGAGCUCGAGGCCCCGGAGCUACCCCUUGUUAAGCGUGAGGCUCCGGGCCUGCCCAUGAAUGAGUCGGAGGCCCUGGAGCUGCCCACCAAUUUGCCUGAGGGCCCGGACUUGCUUAGUAAUGGGGUCUCCAUGGACACACUGGCCGGUAGCCUUCCAGAAGGUGUGCCACAGAUGGAGCUGAGUCAAGGAGACAAGGGGGUGGAGGGAGCCCAGGAGGAACACAAAGAGGGGGUCUCCUCUGGUCCAGGGCCUGAGUCACAUGACCAGUGGUCUACAGAACCGGGCAUGGGAGAGGAGGGGAGCACAUUAUGCUCUCCUGAGGGUGCUAGCAGUGAGCACGACGAGGAGAAUGAGGCGGCCGCGGGAGAGCCCCAGCAGCAGCGGGACGGGGACAGGGAAGGGGACCAGGGCGGCCCGUCCCCGCGCCUCAGGCUCAACCCCAAGCGCAAGAGCCGGCCGUGUUCGCUGCCCGUGUCGGAGCUGGAGACGGUGAUCGCCUCGGCGUGUGGCGAGCCCGAGACGCCGCGCUCCCACUACAUCCGCAUCCACCACCUGCUGCACAGCCUGCCGUCCGCCCAGCUCGGCCAGGACCCCGCCCCCGACUCUGCCCCUGACCCCGAGAAGCCCAGUGUGGAGGCGGUGGGCGAGGAGGGGGAAGAGCCGGGGGAGGAGCUGGGGGAAGAGCCGGCAGAGCCCGACGGCCCUCAGAGCCCCGGCCCCUGCCGCAGGAGGACUCUGCCCCGCAGCCUGUCCAUUGAGCGCCUGGCCGACCUGUCCCGCCUGCUGGAGAGCGAGGGCGGGGCCGGCGGCCCGGGGGCCAAUGUGGAGGGGGGCUGCGACGCCUCCUGCCUGGGCUCCGCCUCCCGCUUCUGCGGCCACCUCCGCUUCUCCUCGGUGGACAGCACCCGCAUGUCGGAGAGCACCGUCUUCUCCUCACAAGAGGAUGAGGAAGAGGAGGAGGAGGAAGAGGAGGAGAACAGUGCCUUCGAGUCGGCGCCGGAUUUGGCCCAGAGCCCAGAGGCCCGGGAGGAUGGCGACGGCAUGGCCCGGUGGCGGGAGGGGAUAGAGUGCACGGAGCUGGCGGCACCAGGGCCCAGCAGCACUGUGGGCGACUGUCCCUCUCCACGCAGCCAACUGGUCAGCCAGCCUCCUGCUUUGCGACCCCACCCUCACCAUUACCCAACCGUCGACGAACCGCUGCCGCCAAACUGGGAGGCUCGCAUCGACAGCCAUGGCCGCGUCUUCUACGUGGACCACGUCAAUCGCACCACCACCUGGCAGCGGCCCACCUCCGCAGCCACGCCCGACGGCAUCCGGAGGUCCGGCUCGGUGCAGCAGAUGGAGCAGCUGAACCGCAGGUACCAGACCAUCCAGAGGACCAUGGCCCCCGAGAGGACUGAGGAUGAGGGCGGGGCUCGGAGAACCGAGCGGCUGGGCAGUGAUGAUACUGACUCUCCUCCACAGACGAAUGAGUUGAGAAGAGAAAGCCCAGCAUCCCCAUCGAAUGGUCAGAAGAUCGCUCAGUUGCUGCAGUGCCCAGCGGUCAAAUUUAUCACCCACCCAGAGUUCUUCACCAUACUCCAUGCCAACUAUGGUGCCUAUAGGAUGUUCACCAACAGCACCUGUCUGAAACACAUGAUCCUGAAAAUACGCCGUGAUGCACGCAACUUUGAGCGCUAUCAGCACAACCGCGACCUGGUCACCUUCCUCAACAAGUUUGCCGACACACACCUGGAGCUGCCGCGAGGCUGGGAGAUCAAAACUGACCCACAGGGGAAGUCAUUCUUUGUGGACCAUAACAACAGAGCGACCACCUUCAUCGACCCCCGGAUCCCGCUGCGGAACGGCCGUCUGCCCAACCACCUGACCCACCGGCAGCACCUGCAACGGCUGCGCAGCUACAGUGCAGGAGAGGCGUCGGAUGUGUCUCGGAAUCGAGGGGCGUCCCUGCUGGCCAGGCCUGGAAACAGCCUGGUAGCGGCCGUACGGAACCAGCACCACCAGGACACACCGCAGACCUAUAAUGACAGGAUCGUGGCCUUCCUCCGCCAGUCCAACAUCUUCGAGCUGCUGCAGGAGAGGCAGCCAAGCCUGUCCAGAAACCACGCCCUGAGACAGAAGGUGCAUUACAUCAGAACAGAGGGAGCCCAUGGAGUGGAGAAGCUGUCAUGUGACGCUGACCUGGUUAUGCUGUUAAGUCUGUUCGAGGAUGAGAUCAUGUCCUACAUCCCACCCCAGGCCUUCCACCCCGGGUUCAGCUUCUCGCCCCGCUGCUCGCCCGGAUCGUCUCCUCAGAACUCCCCAGGCCUACAGAGGGCCAGAGCCCCUGCUCCCUACCGCAGAGACUUUGAGGCCAAGCUCCGCAACUUCUACAGGAAGCUGGAGGCCAAGGGUUAUGGCCAGGGCCCAGGGAAAAUCAAGCUAAUCAUUAGCAGAGACCACUUGCUGGAGGGAACCUUCAACCAGGCCAUGGCCUACUCCCGCAAGGAGCUUCAGAGGAACAAGCUGUACAUCACCUUCAUCGGAGAGGAAGGCCUUGACUACAGUGGACCCUCGCGGGAGUUCUUCUUCUUGCUGUCUCAGGAGCUGUUCAACCCUUAUUAUGGGCUGUUCGAAUACUCCGCCAACGACACCUACACCGUACAGAUCAGCCCCAUGUCCACCUUCGUGGAGAACCAUCUGGAAUGGUUCCGAUUCAGCGGCCGCAUUCUGGGCCUGGCGCUGAUCCACCAGUACCUGCUGGAUGCCUUCUUCACCCGCCCCUUCUAUAAGGCCCUCCUACGGCUAGCGACCGACCUCAGUGACCUGGAGUACCUGGAUGAGGAGUUCCACCAGAGCCUGCAGUGGAUGAAGGACAAUGACAUUACAGACAUUCUGGACCUCACCUUCACCGUGAACGAGGAGGUCUUUGGUCAGGUCACGGAGAGGGAGCUGAAGUCGGGCGGGGCUAACAUCCAGGUGACGGAGAAGAACAAGAAGGAGUACAUCGAGCGCAUGGUGAAGUGGAGGGUGGAGCGGGGCGUGGUGCAGCAGACUGAGGCACUGGUGCGAGGCUUCUACGAGGUGGUGGAUUCCCGCCUCGUCUCGGUGUUUGAUGCCAGAGAGCUGGAGCUGGUGAUCGCCGGAACCGUAGAGAUAGACCUCAACGACUGGAGGAACAACACAGAAUACAGAGGAGGCUACCAUGAUGGGCACAUCGUGAUCCGGUGGUUCUGGGGGGCAGUGGAGCGCUUCAAUAACGAGCAGCGGCUGCGGCUGCUGCAGUUCGUGACGGGCACCUCCAGCGUGCCCUACGAGGGCUUCGCCGCCCUGCGCGGGAGCAACGGCCUGCGUCGCUUCUGCAUCGAGAAGUGGGGCAAGAUCACCUCCCUGCCCAGGGCGCACACCUGCUUCAAUCGUUUGGACCUGCCUCCAUACCCAUCCUACACUAUGCUGUACGAGAAGCUGCUGAUUGCUGUGGAGGAGACCAGCACCUUUGGCCUGGAGUGA